ACGUGCUGUUCAUAAUACACUCAAGCAACAUCUCCCUCCAGGCAUUUUUUUUCCCCCCUUUUGUUUUUCUUUUCAGUAGCACAAACUUAUUCCGAUUCAUUUUAAUAACCGACCCGCCGGUUGAUUCGUGCAUUAGUUUACAACAGGAGGAUUCCUCCUUUCAAACAUUUGCACCAGGACGUCCGGUAACUGGCGGUGUGGUCGGUUGGUGUGCAGGCAGGCAGGGCAGGAUAGGCUCCGGGCUGACCGUGUGUGUGUAGUACAGUAGACUAGAAGCUGCUGCAAGAGAGAUUACUAUUUUGGUACAAAGUCACAAUGAGUGCACGCGGUGAAGAAGCCGGGGAGAGUUCAGGGACCGGGACCCAGGAGCCGGAGCCUGCGGCGGCUGCAGAGGCUCCGGCCAAGCGCAGACCGGGCAGACCGAGGAAGCCUGUUAAGGAACCUACUGGAGAGCCCGUCCCUAAACGACCAAGGGGUCGUCCCAGAGGCAGCAAGAACAAAUGCCCCUCCAAGGCAGCUGCCAGGAAAGCCCUGGCCUCUGGAGAGAAGAGACCGAGAGGCAGACCCAGGAAAUGGCCAAAGCAGGUGGUCCAAAAGCCAACUCAGGAAGAAGGAGGAGAAGAAGAAGAAGAAGAAGAAGAAAGAGGAGGAGUCUGGAGAGGAGGAUUAAAGAACAACAAUCAUUUGACCUCUACUUCCUUGUAACAGUUCUUCCUCCUGGGGAACCACUGCCUUCACCACUUUACUAAGGACGUUGAUCCAUGACCUCUGACCUCUGUCUACUCUCAUAUCAUACUGUUUUCAUUUGAUACUUUUAUUUGUGUUUAUUUCAUUAUUAUUAUUAUUUUUAUUUGUUUGUUGUUGUUGAUUCUGAGAUGAACACACGUUAAUAAUCCUCAGAACAUGAGCCGCAAAAAAAAAAAAAAAAAACACGCGAGAAAACACUAAAUAUGACAAACAAAGAUCCGCUGUACCUCUUUACAACAACAGUGAUGUUUUAUCUGUUGUUAAGACAAGAGGUUCUGGGGUUUUUUUGUACCGUUGCAGUUUCUACUCUGCUCCUCCCCCUGUCGUUGUCGACUGAUUCUCCAGGCUGUCUUUCUUUGAGGGAGAGGUAGAAACUGGGAGGGGGGGGAAAGUCUGUUAUUGUCAUUCAGAAAUUGCGACCAUAUGGCUGCUGUUUCAGUACAACAGAGGUCUAGAACACACACACAGACCCCCUCCCCCCUCCCGAGUCGGACCACCAAACACAGGGAGACAGACUACUCUCUCUUCAAGUCAGGUUAUUUUAAUCUAUCAUGUUUUUAAUCUACCGUGGAUUUGCCUUCUAUUUUUUUUAUAACAAAUUGGCUGCUUUAACUUGCUAAAAUCACGCCUUUUUAAUUGAUGAAUUCCUCAGUUGAGGUUGUUGGCAGGUAUGUCGUUUUUUCAUCAUAUGUGUUUUACUGGCCAAGAACCUUUUUC